AUGGACAGUCUCGAUUAUUACAUUGGUCACAGCCUCGAGCUCAUAAAGAGAGCGGAUACCACAUCUUCGACCUCCUCCUCCUCCUCCUCCUCCUCCUCCUCCUCCUCUGCAUCUUCCUCCUCUGCAUCUUCUUCUUCCUCUUCUUCCUCUUCUUCCUCAACUUCCUCAACUUCCUCAACUUCCUCAACUUCCUCUUCUUCCUCUUCUUCCUCUUCUUCCUCUUCUUCCUCUUCUUCCUCUUCUUCCUCUUCUUCCUCUUCUUCCUCUUCUUCUUCUUCUUCUUCUUCUUCUUCUGCAUCUUCCUCAUCUUCCUCCUCCUCAAAAUCCUCAAGUUCCCUUCCAACAGUAUCCAGCUCUUCAACAUCUCUGUCAAAGCUUCCGACUUUGUCCUCCUCCUAUACUCUUCCGACAGUCACUGUGCCUGAAAAUUCGGCAAAUCCAUACAUCCAUAGAAGCACUCAGCCUUCAGGUACCGUCUUCAUCGCUUUUGCGGGGUUGGUAUUCUUUGGGCUCGUUGUUGUCAUGUUGAUUUGGAUUUUCACCUCUGUCGUUAACCGUAAAAAUACUAGAAAAGGUUAUUUCCACACAAACCUGCCAAUGCCAGAAAAGGAUUUCACCGAUUUCACAGAGACUAACAAUACUCUGAUUUAUAACAACCCAUUCUAUACAAUGUCAAAUCUCGGCAACUCUCUUCAUUCCAGAUCGAAUUCCCAACUCGGCUUACCACUUGAAACUACCUCAACAAAUAUGUCCUCUCUCAUGCCUUCUAACAUAAACGUCAACAGAAACAGUAUGCUUUCGAUGGCAGGCCUUGAUGCUUCGGAUUCCAGUAUCUUAGCAGGUAGUCGCAGAAACAGUGGUGGCAGUGCCGAACUAUUAGAUCCAGCAGGAAAAAAGAGCAUGUAUAUUUCUCCAACUGCAGAACUUUUGCAAUCGAAAAGAAGAUCGCAACUCAUAGGAUCCUCUGAAGCCUUGGCUGACACCUUAUCGCAGCCGGUUAAUGAUAAUCUAGACAUUUCACAAAGUGAGAUCUCUCUUCCUGUACCAGCUGACUUGAGCUCUUCACUGAUAAACCAUACUUCAAGAAGAGGAAGAACCAUUCCAAGUUUAUAUUUGGAAAACAUGUUUGAUAAUGACGCCUCUACCAGUCCAAGAAACUCUAAAAUUGUUUGA